CGGCGCUGGCUCGCAGCUACCCGGGGCCGGGGCCGGGGCCGGGGCCGGGGCCGGGGCCGGGGCCGGGGCCGGGGGCCGGGCGCCGGGCAGAAUGACCCAGUCGGUAGUCAUACAGGGUGAGCCGCGCCGGGUUGCUGGGCCGCGGAGCCUGUUGGCCUUGCUUCUUGCUUACUGUCCGUUCUGUUUCUUCCCCUCCCCUGGUGGCAGUCGGCCAGUGCGGAAACCAGAUCGGCUGCUGCUUCUGGGACCUGGCGUUGAGGGAGCACGCAGCGGUCAACCAGAAAGGAAUUUAUGAUGAGGCACUAAGCAGCUUCUUUAGAAACGUGGACGCCAGAGUGGUUGGAGAUGGUGGCAGUAUUUCCAAGGGAAAAAUAAGUUCUUUAAAAGCACGACAAAGUCCACCUUGUGGCUGGUUAGAUGUUAAAGUCAGCAUUUAAGAGUAUAUGGAGAGUAAAGUGUGAAGAAGAGGAAGGAGGAAAUGUUCCUACUACUAAGUGUCGCCUGCUUACAUUUUGGCUGUUUUGAUAGACAUGGAAGAAGGAGUAGUGAAUGAAAUUCUGCAGGGACCCUUGAGAGAUGUGUUUGAUAGCAAGCAGCUCAUUACUAAUGUAUCUGGCUCAGGAAAUAACUGGGCUGUGGGUCACAAAGUUUUUGGCAGUGCUUACCAAGAACAGAUUUUAGAGAAACUCAGAAAGUCGGCAGAGCACUGUGAUUGCUUACAGUGCUUCUUUAUAAUACAUUCCAUGGGCGGAGGGACAGGAUCCGGACUUGGCACAUUUCUUCUGAAGGUGCUUGAAGACGAGUUCCCAGAAGUAUACAGAUUUGUGACUUCAGUUUAUCCUUCUAGUGAGGAUGAUGUCAUAACCUCACCUUAUAAUAGCAUCUUGGCAAUGAAGGAGCUCAGCGAGCAUGCAGAUUGUGUGUUGCCCAUUGACAAUCAGUCCUUAUUUGACAUCAUUAGCAAAAUUGACCUCAUGGUGAAUUCUGGAAAGUUGGGUGCAGCUGUGAAGCCAAGGAGUCUGGUUACUGCAAGUGCGGAGGCUUUAAGGAAACGGCACAAGAAGCCCUUUGACGCAAUGAACAACAUUGUGGCAAAUGUGCUGCUUAGCCUGACAAGCUCUGCACGGUUUGAAGGAUCCCUUAAUAUGGACCUUAAUGAAAUCAGUAUGAACUUAGUUCCUUUUCCUCAACUUCAUUAUCUUGUAUCAAGCCUAACGCCUCUGUAUACACUGGCAGAUGUUAACAUUCCCCCUCGAAGAUUGGACCAGAUGUUUUCAGAUGCCUUUAGUAAAGAUCACCAACUAAUACGGGCAAAUCCUAGGCAUAGUCUCUACCUCGCCUGUGCACUGAUGGUCAGAGGAGAUGUGCAGAUUUCAGAUCUUCGCAGAAAUAUUGAAAGAUUAAAGCCUUCUCUGCAGUUUGUCUCCUGGAAUCAAGAAGGUUGGAAGACCAGCCUGUGUUCAGUGCCUCCUGUGGGCCAUUCUCAUUCAUUAUUAGCUUUAGCAAAUAACACAUGUGUGAAGCCUACCUUCCUAGAACUGAGAGAGAGGUUCACGAGGCUCUACAAGAAAAAGGCUCACCUUCAUCACUAUCUACAAGUCGAUGGGAUGGAGGAAGGCUGUUUCACAGAGGCUGUAUCGUCCUUAUCAGCACUCAUAGAGGAGUAUGACAGACUGGACGCCACAAAAGGCAUGCCUGUGCAAAAUUUGCCUAGACUUAGCAUAGCUGUCUGAAAAGGAACCCGAAAAACAACUGUUUCUGAAUUUCACAUUGUUGUCUGUUGCCUUUCUAUUGUAGCAUUUUUGUGACUCAGAAAGCCCAGUUUGUUUUCCAUAGUAUCAGAGUGUUUUUGUUUAAAAGACUAAUGAUACCAGUGAGUAGAAUUAGGUCCUGUUACCUUAUCUUCAGACAGCUGUCUUCAGAAAAGUCCCCCUUUCUGAAACAGAGCAGAAUUCUUCAACAUUCUCUUAUUUAUAGCUCAAAUUUGGGCAUUUAUAUACUGAUAAUCAUGUCUUUAAUACAAAUCUUGUAAAGAUACGACUUUGUAUUUAUUUGUAUUUCUCUGUGUAUAAUUUUUUGUUAUUCUGUUUAAAUUCUCCUAGUUCUUUGAACUUAGUGCUGGGACACAGGGGUGGGGCAGGUCCAGCGAGAGACGUGUGAGGCCGUGCAGUCAUUUGGCUUGGCCCUGCCAAGGCAGCCUGAGGUGGGACUCAAAGUUCAGUCAAUCCAUAGCAGGCUAAUUUUUAAGUUUUGUGCAGCCCACAAAUGAUGUUAUAAAUAUCCAAAUGGCUUUUGGCAGAAAAAAGGUUCCCUACCCCUGGUGGAAGGACACAAGUAAAUAUUUCCAAGUGGUAUCCACUAACCUCAGGGAUAGGCAUUCUUACAGCUUUUAAGGAGGCUUUGUUCUUUGGAUAACAACAUGCUUGCACUCAAAAAAAGAAUAAUUUAUAUUUAACACGCAUUUGUAUUAAUUUUUUAAUAUUUUAAUCAAUUUGUUUAUAAUAAAUAUCCAUAUUUUAAACAGU